AUGAUUUUCUCAUUGGAGAAGAGAAUAUACAAAGCUCUGGAUUCAAAGUUAGAGAAACUUGUUCCUCCUACUGCUCAAUCUCAGCACCUCCUCGAGUCUACCAUUUCACGAUGCCUACAGGACUUGGACAAGAAGAUCGGUGAUUCUAUAGGUCGUCAACUUAAGGAUAUGCAGGCCGCGAUAAUAAAGGGUGUAAUUGAUGCCAUUGGGGCGACCAAUGCUAUCCCUGCCACCGUCACAGAACCAACAGAGCCACCCCUUUAUGAUUUCACAACCCCAUCAGAAGCUGCUGAUUGCCGCAUCAACGACGUGCUCCGCGAUUUGAACGUAGCUUCUGAUGCUUCUGAUGCUUCUCUCCCUGCAACAACAGCAGGAGCACCUGCCCCACUUGAUCAUGAAGGACCCAUCGCUGAUGACUCCGCACCGAUGGAUUUGUCGGAGCAUCAAGUGAAAGAGCAGGAACGGAUCUUAGGAGCAGUACCCGUCUCACUUCAUCAAGGACCAAACGAUGAUGACUCUUCACCUAUGGAAGAGCAACUGGACGAGGAGGAAGUUGUCGCUAACCUGAACACAGAGCAGGUAAGGAUGGGAGGACCACACGGUGAUGACCCACACCCCCAGGCGAAGCAAAUCCACGAACAUGUAGACGACUCUACACCUAUGGACGAGGAACAUCUUUCCCCACCCAAUGCCAUCGCAAUAUUGAAGGAGCAUAAUGAGGGAAAUGUAAUAGAAACUUGCUUGACCGCUCAGCAAAACAAACAAGCCGCUGAUUUUGAUCCUACUGUAAACCAGGAGGCCGUGUCCGAAGAAGUUGAUAUUGACGAGCAAAACCAACAAGCCGCUGAUGUUGAUCCAACUGCAAACCAGGAGGCCGUGUCAGAAGAAGUUGAUAUGGACGAGAUGCAAAUACCUUUUUAUCUGUUCGAUAUGCCGUCUUUCUCACUCGGACUAUCGCAGGAGGAUGCACCCGUUUCCAAGGGACACGAAGAAGAGGCUCUGGAGCAGCGUAAGAGCAAAAGGGCAAAGGUCGCUCCGGUUGUUCUGCAAGACUACAAAUGUGACGGAGUAACAGCUGGUCUAUCCAUAAUACCUGAUCUUGCCAAACGUUUUGAGCUUAUGGAGCAGAGACUGCUAAAUGAAUCGAUAGUGAUUCUAAACUCUGGGUACUCGGUGACUCCAGCCGAGUUUUGUGAUAUUGGUCAUCGCAAGAACAUAUUAUCCUGUGGUGUCAUGGACGCCCUUAUCGGAGUUGUGUCUCGUGCUUUUCUUCCCCCGGAUUUCUCAUUUCGAACUUUGGUUAAUGACAUUUCCCUUAUAACUCUAAUUUGUAGUUGUUAA